AUGGCACCAGUCUUAAAGAAGUACAAGGCCGCAGCAGUCAAUGCUGAGCCAGGAUGCUGGAAAGGCUGGUUGCAAGUUCAUUGCUUUCCCCGAGCUUUCCGAUCACCUUUUCGCACCCGUCGCGAUUUUCAAGACGCAUGCCGGGCACUCCUUGAUCCGCUCGUCCCGCGCUUUACAGCGGGAUGCAGUCGAGUCAAGAUAGGAUCGUCAACGACCCGUUUCGACGAAGGUGGUGCCCAGAUUGAGGGCUUCGCGCGACCCUUGUGGGCUCUAGCAGCUCUACUGGGAGGCGGAUAUCAAUACCCAGAGGCAGUGCGUUGGUACCAGGGACUCAUCAACGGGACGGAUCCCCACAGUCCAGAGUACUGGGGAGAUAUAGAGGAUCUCGACCAGCGCAUGGUGGAAAUGUGUCCCCUCGGGUUUGCGUUGGCGGUCGCUCCACAUGUAUUCUGGGAUCCGUUGACGAUUCAGCAAAAACACAAUGUUGCGAAUUGGUUGGCUAGUAUUAAUGAGCGUGAAAUGCCCAAUACGAACUGGUUGUGGUUCCGGGUGUUUGCCAACCUGGGUCUGAGGAGAAACGGAGCACCUUAUUCGCUCCCCCGUAUCGAAGCUGAUAUGGACCACUUGGACACCUUCCAUGUUGGUGGAGGAUGGAGCAACGACGGCCCAAAGAGUCACCAUCAGAUGGAUUACUACUCCGGCUCGUUUGCUAUCCAAUUCUUGCAGUUACUUUAUUCGAGACUGGCCGCCGAUUUUGACCCGCAACGGGCUGAACGGUAUCGAGAACGGGCGAGACAAUUUGCCCUUGAUUUCGUGUACUAUUUUGACGCAGAUGGAGCCGCCAUCCCUUUCGGAAGGUCCAUGACAUAUCGAUUCGCCAUGGCUGGGUUCUGGGGAGCGCUUGCCUUUGCGGACGUCGCGCCCCCGGCACCACUCACCUGGGGUGUUGUCAAGGGCCUUCUCUUGAGACAUUUCCGUUGGUGGGCAACCCAAGAGGACAUGUUCAGCAGCGACGGAACGCUGAAUCUCGGAUAUUCAUACGCGAACAUGUACCUGACAGAGAACUACAAUUCUCCUGGCUCACCUUACUGGUGUUGCCUUUCAUUUGUCCCUCUGGUACUGGGAGAAACACACCCAUUCUGGGCAGCCAAGGAGGAGCCAUACCCAAUUGCCUCCCUCUCACCCGUUGCAGCGCUCCAGUAUCCCAAGCACAUCGUAGUCCACCGUGGCGGACAUUCAUUCCUGCUCUCCUCCGGACAAGCCUGCCACUACCCCUUAAAGGCAACUCAGGCAAAGUACGGCAAAUUCGCUUACAGCGCAUCCUUUGGGUACUCCGUUCCGACAGGCUCUUACCAACUGGAACAACAUGCCCCAGACAGUAUGCUAGCACUCUCCGAAGACGGAGGAGACAUCUGGCAAACACGGCGACUGGCGAUAAACGCACGCAUCGAAUACCACGAUGAUACCCCCGUGCUAGCCUCCUCCUGGAAACCCUGGUCAGACGUGGAAGUAGAAACGUACCUGAUUCCUCCCCACGAAGAAAGCGAGAACUGGCAUAUCCGUGCGCACCGCGUUCGCACAGGACGAGAUCUUAUGACGUCCGAAGGCGCCUUCGCCAUCUACGGGUGUCGGAGCGAUAAUGGCCGGAUUCUGGGACCUUUAGCGGAACGGCCCUCCGAGGGGACCUUGCAGGAAUCUCAGAAGGCGCUCACAGUUUCCUCGGUUGGAGUUGUGGGCAUUGUAGAGUUACAGCCCGGUGUUGAUCGGGCUGGAAGGGUGGUCCUCGCUGAUCCUAACUCGAACCUCAUGUACGGCCGCACUCUGUUGCCUUCUCUGGGGGCUGAUCUGCCCUCGGGAUCUGAGCGUUGGUUUGUGACUGCUGUCUUUGCUUUGCCUGCCCAUGGGGAUGGGGAUGCAUGGCGGCAGAAGUGGGAACGACUGCCAGUCAUUCCGGAGUGGUUGAAGCGGGUUAUGGAGAGUGGUGGUCAGUGA